AUGAACUCAUCUUCUGAGCAUUGCAACAUAUCUGACUGGCUGAGGCUAGAGGCAACCGUGAAGGCCUCUGUGUACGUGGUGGCUUUCUCAGUCGCCACAUCGAUCACCGUUUUCAUUAUCGCAACGGUGUCACAGAGUCUGCAGCUGAGGGAAGAGGUGCGGCUGAUCCUCCUCUGCCAUCACUGGCUUUGUGUCUCCUCCUACUGUGGCCUGGGGGUUGUUUUCCAAGGAAUGCGGGCCUUCCUAGCCAACAGCCCCCUCCUGCUGUGCUGGCUGGUAUUUGGGGCACAGCUAAGUGUGGGAGAAGGGAUCCUCCUCACUCUGACCCUGAUGGCUCUGAAUACUUACCUCGGUAUUUGUUAUCCGCUGAGGUCUCCAUCCUUGGUGGAUUCUGCUAAGUACAGGAUUCUAGCUGCGACGUGGACCACGGUUAUACUCAAGAAUGUUGGUUUAUUCCUCAUAGAGGGUACGAGCCCUCCGCCAGCCUCUGUUUUCCAGUCUGCCCCGCUCUGUCCCGUGAUUUUGAAUGGGACGCCUGCCAGAGUCAUCGGCAUGUUUUCCCUCGCCUUUCCUUUAUCCGUCAUUCUUGUGAGUUACUGCCUGAUAUACCGAGAAGGGAAGCGGGCUGGCCAUUUUAACAGGUCAAACGUCAAGGCCCGGAGAACUGUCCUUGUUCAUCUACUGCAGAUAAGCUUACACGUGAUACCCACCCUGAUCUUUGUAGGCUUGGGAAAACGGUGCGGGGUGUUUUUCUUUGCUUUAAAUCUGGUGCUUUUUGGUAUCUUCGCUUUUGCGCAGUGUUUCAACCCUCUGGUUUACGGGCUCCACAACAGAGACCUGCGGAGCAGACUGUACCCUUGGCUAUGCUGCCAGAAGAAGCUGCUGGCUUAA